AGCUCUGGUUUAUCAACUCUGCAGUUCUCCAACAAAGAAAUAUUAAAGAAGACUGACUAAUUCUUGGGGUUCUAAAACCAUGGCUGAUGGUUCAGUGACAUUCAGAGAUGUGGCUAUAGACUUCUCACAGGAAGAAUGGGAAUUCCUGGACUCUGCUCAGAGGGACUUAUAUAGGGAUGUAAUGUGGGAGAACUAUAGCAACUUCAUCUCACUAGGAGCUUCUAUUUCUAAACCAGAUAUGAUUACCUUAUUGGAUGAAGAAGGGAAGGAACCUGGGAUGAUUGUGAAGGAAGGGAUAAGAAACUUAUACCCUGGCAUUGCCUUUAGGUGCGGGACCAAUACCUUAUCUCCAGAAAAGGACAUUUAUGAAAUAUGUUCACUACAGUGGGAGAUAAUGGAAAGAAUAAAGAGCUAUAACUUUCAGGGUUCCAUUUUUAGAAAUGACUGUGAAUGCAAAAGCAAAAUUGAGGGCCAAAAAGAACCACAAGGAGGGUAUUUUGGGCAGGCAAAAAUUGGCUCUGAAAAAAUGACCACUUAUAAAAAGCAAAAUUUUUUUACGGAUUAUCAGAGAAUUAACAAUGGAGAAAAGUUGUAUGAAUGUAAGGAAUGUAGGAAGACUUUUAUUCGUCGCUCAACACUUAGUCAACAUCUAAGAAUUCAUACUGGUGAGAAACUUUAUAAAUGUAAAGAAUGUGGGCAGGCCUUUAGGCAGCGUGCACACCUUAUUCGACAUCACAAACUUCAUACUGGUGAGAAACCCUAUGAAUGUAAGGACUGUGGCAAGGCUUUUACAGUGCUCCAAGAACUUACUCAACAUCAGAGGCUUCAUACUGGUGAAAAGCCUUAUGAAUGCAAGGAAUGUGGAAAGGCCUUUAGAGUUCAUCAGCAGUUGGCUCGGCAUCAGAGAAUUCAUACUGGUGAGAAGCCCUAUGAGUGUAAGGACUGUGGGAAGACCUUUCGACAGUGUACACAUCUUACAAGACACCAGAGACUUCAUACUUCUGAAAAGCUGUAUGAAUGUAAGGAAUGUGGGAAGGCCUUUGUAUGUGGCCCAGACCUUAGAGUACAUCAGAAAAUUCAUUUUGGUGAGAAACCCUAUGCAUGUAAGGAAUGUGGAAAGGCCUUUAGGAUAUGCCAACAGCUUACUUUAGGAUAUGUCCAUCAGAGUAUUCAUACUGGUGAAAAACCCUUUGAAUGUAAGGAAUGUGGGAAGACUUUCAGAUUAAGACAACAACUUGUUCGCCAUCAGAGAAUUCAUACUCGUGAGAAACCCUAUGAAUGCAUGGAAUGCUGGAAGACCUUUAGUAGUUACUCACAACUGAUUUCACAUCAGAGCAUUCAUAUUGGUGAAAGACCAUAUGAAUGUGAAGAAUGUGGGAAGGCCUUCAGACUGCUCUCACAGCUUACUCAACAUCAGAGUAUUCACACUGGGGAGAAACCUUAUGAAUGUAAAGAAUGUAGAAAACCUUUCAGAUUGCUCUCACAACUUACUCAGCAUCAGAGUAUUCAUACUGGAGAGAAACCUUAUGAAUGUAAGGAAUGUGGGAAGGCUUUUAGACUUUAUUCAUUCCUUACUCAACACCAGAGAAUUCAUACUGGUGAGAAACCCUACAAGUGUAAGGAAUGUAAGAAGGCCUUUAGACAGCAUUCACACCUUACUCAACAUCAGAAGAUUCAUAAUGGAAUUUAAUAGAAAAAUGUCUUCAAAUAUACGUUGUGUUACAAAGCACCAUCAAAUCCAGUUUUGAGAACAUUUGUUUCAUGCUUACAAGUAAAGAUAACACAUUUUAUAUUGAAGAAAGAAUAUGUUGCUUUAAAAGCCUUCCUUUAUCAUUCAAGUAUUAUCUUCAUCAAAUUCCUGUGAGAGAAUAAUGUCACGAAUGUUGGAAAAAGUUUAACUUUACCUGUCAGUUUCCUCUUACUAUUUUAUUACUAUUGUGGUAUUAGAAAAGAUACUAUCAUUUUGUGCCUCAUUUUGCUCACUUGUAAAAUAGUGAUACUAAUACAGUAGUUGUAUGUAUUAUUUAUUGCUCUGUAAUAAAUCAUCAAAAAGUAGUUUAAAAAUGCAUAUUUUUUAUCUCAUAAUUUCUUUGUAUCUGGAAAACAUGCAUGACUUAGUUGGGCUUCAUAGUCACAAGGUUAGCUGUGACUGUGGUCAUUUGAAGGGUUGACUAGGGAAGGAUUUGUAUCCAAGCUAACAGGAUGGAUGCCUGAAUCCUUUCCUUCUGGGGUGUUACACUGUGAUCCUCAAUCUCUCACGGGCUCCUGACUGAAGGUUGACUGAAUUUCCUUUCCACAGUGACCUCUUCAACAUGACCUCUUGUUUCAUCAAAGUG